UGGGUACUACCCCAGACUGCUGCAUAUCAUCUCUUUGUUCCAGAUUCGUUUGGUUUGGGCCUGACGAAGGCUUGGGGUCCUCACCCACGAUGGACAAUUUGGCUCCCGCAAUUAUUGUUGGGCACGGCUGUAUCCACCAUUUUGAUUACACGCGUCCGCGUUCCGGACCAGGUUGAGGAUCUGUAA